AUGGUUCUGUUCCCAGCAAGCGUCAAGUUCAAGUACACGGAGCAGCUUCCCUGGGUCUACGCGUUGAUGACUGCCUGGGCCACGUUCUGCUUCGGCAACACCCUGCUCUUCCAGGGCCAAGGAUGGGUCUCUGGCUGCUUUGCAGGUAUGUCCUUCCUAGCACAAGCCCUGAAUCCGAUGAUGGCUGUUUCCUUCACCCUCGGGCAGAGCUGCAGCGCGUCCAGACUGAAGGAAGGCGACAUUGCUUGCCUGAACAUUGGGAGGACAUCAGCUCAAAGAACAUGCUGGGGUCCAGGAAAAAAGAUUUGCUCCUUGGGUGUCCUUGUAAGAGCAGCACCAAAGUUCUCCGUAUGUCUCGUGGGAAGGUAG